AAAAUUCACAGCACUCCUCUCCUCUGUCAUCACACAUGGAUUCGCCUCCUCCACACUCCGACUUCAUGGCCAAACGCCUCUGCCCUUCCUCCCAGAACCAAGGCCGCCGCCGCCGCCGCCGCCGUCCCAGAUGGUCCAGCCCCUUCAUUCCUUUCCCUCCAUGUCGGACUCUCCCUCCCUCUCCGUCGAUCUCUCCUUCGAUCGCCACCUCGAGUCCAGCUCCUCAGACUCCGAUCAAUCGCUCCUCAUCGACCUUGCGCCCAUCCUCGGUUCUCUUCUGCUAAACGCCGCCGUUCACAAUUCCUACGCAUGGCCUCUCAUUGACGACCUCACCAUCAAGGUGUUUUCAAUGCUGGAUACGCAGAGUUUGUACUAUGCUGCAGCGACGUGUUCCUUGUUCAAAAAAAGUGCAAUGGAACGCCAACAUUGAUUUAACGGCGGUUGUGCCUAAGGUUAACGAUGCGGUUGUGUCUACCAUGAUCCAACUAGCUCGAAAAAAACUUCAGCCGGACUGCAUCUCCUGGUUCUGGUGAACUGCCAGUGUAUACUUUCUGAAAUUCUGUAGAUGUAUGUGACUAUUCACUUUUUUGGCCAAAAGUAUCCAACUUUUCAUGGAAUGAUAAAAAAGACCAGACAAGGGAAGGAAUUAUCCAUCCUUACUAGGUCCUGUUUGAACCCAUUAAGUGAGGACAAUGGUGCCGCUGGGUAUGGUUCAAAACCAUGAUUUGUUGUAAGUUUAAUGUCUAAUAGAUGGUUUGAUCUUUAUUUUAUGCUUUUUCAUUUUAUUAGGGCUCUUCUUAGAAGGUUGCACCUUUACAAUAUUGAAAGAAUGGAUAAUACAUCACUUUGUGUGGCAUUAUCAGCCUGCCCAAAUCUACUUGAUUUGAAGAUUGUGGGCCUGACAGAGCUCAUUACUGCUGAUGAAUGAUGUAAUCCAUAAUACAAGUUGCUUCUCAAUAUGGAAAGACAUAUAUGGACUCAUAGACAUAACAUACACAUGUUUUGUAAAUUGCACCAGCUGAGAGUAUAGCAUUCUCAAGCUAAAUUAACGGUUUGAAGGUUUCUUUUUACUGAAUUAUCAAAUUUUCUGAUUCUUCUUCUGGCUUGCUUGGCAAUUGUCCGGUUGUCAAUGAUAAUGUUAAUUUGCAGCAUUGUCAUCCCUUUUCUGUUUUCCUUUUACUUCUUGAAAUUGGAAGGAUAUUAUUGUGGAUACAAUACAUUUUUCUCUUUAUGGAUUUUGAAUUAACAACCUUAUAGUUU